GUUUACCUGCUCCGUUUGGCCAAAUGUGGGCCGAGAGAAGAUUGGCUUUGGUCAAUGUCCUUCUUUCCAAAAGAUUACCUUAUUUCUGCAGGAAGUUGACUGACUUAUUUCCUUCUGCAGAAUGUUGAGGAUUUAUGGCUAGAUAAACACUCAAUGUAUUUGAAUUCUCUGGUACAGUACUGUAUUUGCUUUGCUCAGGGCACUUCGUUUAUCAGGCUCUACUCGUGGCAUGAUAAUAAUGUACCUGCUAUGCAGGUGGGAAAUAUGUCAAAAUUGCACGUCCUUGAUUUGUAUUGUAAGUUCUUAAGUUAAACCUUGAAAUUCUGGUUUUGCAAGAUGCGACUGGGGUUUUCCGCCUCUGUUUCCUGGUGUGGUAUCGUUAUAAGGCUCUGUCAUGUUUUGUCUACGAGUCAAAGCCGAAGGGACUCAGCAAAGGUCUGAAGGGUUGAAACAACGGAAUGGCAGAGUGUUCAGCUGCGGGAAAACUAUCCCUCUCCCUGCGAGUACACAACGAUGGCUAUCUCCAUGUAAAGAAUCGGAAGGACAAGGAAUAUAAGAAACAAUGGACGGUUCUAAAUGGGGACGUUCUAAAUUUCUACUCAGACAAACACGACAAGGCACCAGGGCAUGUGGGCAGGAGAAACGGUGAAUAUCAUCUACACAAGUACGGAGAAAAAAUUUACUUGAAAUCGCCGCUCACCCUCACCACCAAGUACUUGACGAAAAUUGGCAGCUCUACCGCCAAAAUGACACUCAAGACUGGCACUACAGAAGUCAAGUUGAGGGCGGACACGAUGGACUGCAUGGAAUUGUGGAGAGUGUUCAUGCUUGCAGUUACGGAGUUAAAGGUGCCGGAAAAAUCGCGCCUGCCCUUGGAACAUUUGCACCGGGUGCACAAAGCCAUAGCGACCGAGAAGAGGGCGAGGCUGGCUGAUCCUGAAUCACAGCUCUCCUUCAGCGGGCCAGGCCCAGAGACCCCAUCACAUUCACUGCCGCCACUACCUGUACCGAAGCCACAAUUACCCCAACAAUCACCUCUGGUGAGGCCAACGGAAUGCGCUACGUCAGCGGAGACAGACGGUGCAAAUAUCUAUUCAGAAGAUUUGCUGUAUCCCAGAUGCUUCUACAAAGUGGAUCGCGUGGAGGCUGAGAAAAUGCUGCAAGAGCAUCCGGAGCUGGGCAACCUUCUCAUCCGCCCAGCCACCAAUAACGAGGACUACUCGGUCUCAGUUUGCCACUGGCAGCCUCUGAACCGGCCUCAUCGACCACAACACUACAAAGUAACACAUAAAAAUGAUCGAUACAUCAUUGAGCUGACUAAAAAAGUGGAGGUCAAUUCGCUGCAGGGAGUAGUAGACCAUUUCGUCAAAGCCACCAACGGCAUGCUGACACCAUACGUCCAACAAGCCGAGAAUGUUAUUUACGAAGACGCCCUGGAAUCUGAAGUAUAUAUGGAGCUGUUUGUAGGCGCAGAGAGCGAACCGAAUUCUACGGGAGAGCAACUGUCAGCUAAUAAGCUGAAACCAGUUUUGCCACCGGACAUGUUACCCACAGAUAGAGCAUCACCAUCCUCAUCCUCAGCAAAUGCUAAUAAGAUGAAACCAGCUUUGCCACCAGAAAGAGUAUCCACAAAUAUAGCAGCACUACCAUCACCAUCCACAAAAAAUGCGAAUUACCGGAAAUCACUUUUGCCGUCAAAAAGAUUCUCUACAAAGACAGCACCAUCACCAUCACCGUCCUCAGAAAAUGCUGAUCAAUGGACAUCUGUGUUGCCACAAAAAAAUGUAUCCACAAUGACAACAUUGUCACCAUCACCAACCCCAGAAAAUGAUGAUAACUGGUUACCGAUGUUGCCGCCAAAAGGUGUAUCUACAAUUAAAGAAGUAUUACCAUCCCCAGGAAAUGGAAUGGAUGAACUCAAGAGGGCCAUUGAACUCAGGCGUCUGCAGCUUGAAGGAGAAUAUGAAUAGUUGGGGUCAUCGAUGAAGGCAGAUACUUGGAGAGCCAACUUGUGGACUUGUACUUUGCCAACAGAAUAGUGUUGACCUUUGCUUUACAUACAGUGCUAACUGCAAUCUGAACAACCUAGCCGUGUUUUUUUUGUUAACACACCUACACGAGACUUAUUAUUGUUUAUGGAGAAGCUGCAUCGAUUUCUCCGUGAUUGUAAAUCAUACGUCUAGCAUAUACAUGUCCGAGGUAUUGUGUAUAGAGUGAUUAUAUGGUAUAAUCAAUAUUUAACAUUGUCAUACGUUGCACACUCAUUGAUAUUGGUCGCGAAAGCCUACGUGUUAAACUUUUUGUACAUGCUGAUCAUAUGCAUAACUUUGACCUAAAAGUCAUUGAAAUGCAUCUACAUACGAGAAAAGGUGAAAAUGUGAAUGCCAUAAGCCACAUCAAAUCAAUAAAUACAAAGAACACAAAGUCUAAAGCAAGCAUUGAGAGGGUCAGAUAACAAACGAAUAAAACAUAUUCAUUAGCAAACAGUAUAUUUUUUCCUUUCAAGGUCUUGUUAUUGACAGAUGUUUUGAGCUUUUUCCUACUUGUACUUUUCCACCACUGCCAAUGCAGUAUCACCAAACAAUUUGUUGAAAUGAGAGGCCCCGGGUUCACUCAUAACCAAAAAUGGGAAGGUAAUUUUCCCCAAAUUCAACUGAAGUUCAUCUGUGGAACCGCGGUGUGAGAGUAGUGACAGCUGCUGUGACGCACACACGGUCAUUUGUAAAAAAAAAAAUAGAUUUGUAGCGAGGACUAAAUCCACCCAACGGAGGAAUAAGGCAAUACGUACUGCUGAUCAAUCUUCUAAUUAUGUAUACAAACGCAAUAUGCAUUACCAUGGAGUGUCAUGAAUGAAAGAAUAUGUAUUAGCCGAACUCGAUUCUUUGUUACCACAUAUAAAUACAAAAUAUUAUCUGCUUAAACGAAUGCUUCUGGACACCGUUGGUCUGAAAAGCCAAGAGGGCGAUGAACAGCAACAAACUUUCUAUAUGAAUGUUGAAGGUUGUUUAGGCAUUAGAUGGUUAUUUAGGCAUUGGUUUUAAGCUGUUGAAAUUACUUUGGUGCCACCGUGCAAUGGUUCUUGAUGGGCAGCCUCUAAGGCUGUGGAGCCGACGGAAUGAUGGGGCACAUGGUCAACUCAUGCUCAUUAAGACCGUUGAAUGGGGGCAAACUAAAGAUGCCCGGAUGGCUUAUGAGUAAAAAUGCAGUUUCCAAUUGCCCUUACAAACAGAUAUUGUGUGACGGAUUACAUGCUGCUUUAUUGACAACACGUAAAUACAAUAUUCAUGACAUGUGUCCACAAUUAUUGACACUGAAUGUUAUUUUGAAUGUCAAGGCCGCGACAACGUUUUACAGCAUUAUAUAAAAUGUACGACUAGUAUUCUCUAUAUAACCGUUGUGUGCAGUGCAUACCAUGUUUGUUGAACAGGAGAGACCAACAUAGGUUUUUUCAAUAACAAAUAAUUCCUAAUUUGUGACGUCAAUCUUUAAUUCCAUUCCAUUUUAAUUUCAUAAUAUAUCGCUUCUCAAGUUGAACAAUCAACUCCAGUCAUAAUUGUGCAGUAAUUGAAUUAGCCUUGCACACAGCCCUCAACAAGUCUCAUACAUUCACGCAAGGACGAUUAUUCAUUAACUGCUGGAAUCAAGCCACUGCCCCCAAUUAAAUAAUGAUAACUUUACAAUCUGCAAGAAUAUUUGAAGGUGUUUAAAAACUAUAUUUUACCGCAAUUUGUAUUAAAUAAAUAACGAUUAUGUCUAGUCAUAUACAUUUGUAAUUGUUUCUUAUGUCGGUCACGUUCUAAUUAUAUCAGGCUAAUGCAGUACUGUUCCGUAAUUUGACCUUGCAAUUACUCUUUUCAGUAUUUUUAUAUUUUAAUAUAACUUUAAAACAUGUAUUAAUUAACUGCCAUAAAAAGAACAAUGUAAUUUAACAAGAUAUACAUUUCAUAAAAGAGAUGACAGCCAAUGAUCAGGACUUACACAUCCGAGGCAACACAACCGAGGGCAACGUCUACCAUGGAUAUGGAGCAAUGAGAUCGUCUCAAGUGUAGCAGCUCGAAAUAUCGUGUUUGAUGCAGGAGGAUAAUUCAUACAAUUUCCCACUCUUUCAAAUAUAAAACACCAUAAUUAUGUUUUUUGCAGUUUAUAUUUUCUUAAAGAAAAACACUUGUCAUAAAAUUCAUCGUUAAAUCUGUGUUCGUAAUAAAACGGCAAAUAGGUUGUUUCGUGAAAUGGGAUACUUACGCAGUUGUUUAUAAUUCACUGAAGUAUUUUUUAAGAUUCAAUGUAUGCGAUUUAAAUACUUAAUUAGGAAUCCAGAGAAAAUAUUACACGCUUCAAUAAAAUAGCCUCAUAAUUCGUAAAUGUGUUAUAAAAUCCAAACACUCUUUGAAAUGUUUUAAACCAUAAAACAAUUAAUUGUUAACAAAACAUGUUCCAUCAACUUACCCAAUCAACGUAUAAAACUUCUAAAGGGCCAUUUUUUACAUAUAUAUUUUUUUAUGAAGCGACAAUGCCUGCGUGGCGUUUCAGCACGCUAUCUAUGUGUUUCAGCACGCUAUCUAUGUGUUUCAGCACGCUAUCUAUGUGUUUCAGCACGCUAUCUAUGUGUUUCAGCACGCUAUCUAUGUGUUUCAGCACGCUAUCUAUGUGUUUCAGCACGCUAUCUAUGUGUUUCAGCACGCUAUCUAUGUGUUUCAGCACGCUAUCUAUGUGUUUCAGCACGCUAUCUAUGUGUUUCAGCACGCUAUCUAUGUGUUUCAGCACGCUAUCUAUGUGUUUCAGCACGCUAUCUAUGUGUUUCGGCACGCUAUCUAUGUGUCCCGUGUUGUGACCGAGAACAUACGAGGCUUGCGCCGUCCAGUACCCGGAGGUGUGACCAGCAGCUGAAAUGCAAAGAUGACAUGAAAUGUGAUAAAGGAGUACAUUGCCAUGGUCACAGAGUAAUAGAUAAGUUUACAAUGACCCCCGAAAUUGGAUGGGCUGUUCUGUUCGGAAUUGGAGCCACUAAGCAGCAGCCCUCAUGUGGUGGACCGAUAUUGAUUCGAGAAAAAAAAAGAGUUCUUAGGUUUAGGGAGUUGGGGGUCUCAGCCUGGUCACCAAUUAAUGCUCACACACACAACAUCAUUUUGCAUUACAUUUGGUUCUGCACUUAAUUCGGAUAAAUUCCGGCUUUGAUAAUUAAACGUCGGGUUGACAGUCAUGCGACGGACAUUGAUAUCGUUGGCAGGGCGGGUGGGAAAGUGCUGCCCCCUACUGUGUAAUCAGAGGUCACCUGUAGGGACCUCAGGAGUAGCUCUGUGAUAUCAACGUCUGAGGGCCACUCUUGAACAUGAAGGGUCGUAGUCUUUUACGGGAUAUCCGAAUCGAUACUUCAUCUCCUGACACGAUAACUUCAAUAGCACCAUCGGGAUAACAUUGAGCAGAAAUAUAACAUUACAAGAUUAAAGAAAUAUUAACGAUUGAAAUUGAUUGGGAGGCCUCACAGGUGUUGAAUGGGUAGGCUUAGCGAAUUAUGUUUCAGACGCCCAUUUCUCUUUACCAUGUCGACCUUUGAAGAGAGCCCAUGCAGGCACAAGUUUUUACAUGCUCAACAAAACUCUGACUCUUGACUUGUCUAUAUGGCUCCCAAAACUAACACCAAAAGUAGUUCCUCCCUCUAUGCUCACUGGUCAAGACGCUUACAGGUCAAGAAAUACGCUGCGUGGCACCGUGUGCGUGGGAGACAAACGUCAGACAUCGUGCUGAACAACGAGCGGUACAACACGGUCACGCGGCAGAGCUUCUGCAGCGCAGCCGUCACGACCUACGCAGGAAAUGGACACAAACCGUGCACUGUGGUCUCUGCAUGCCUUAGCCUGCACUUAGGCGCAAACAGGGGGGGGGGACGUUAUAGGGAACUCAAUCUCAAUGGGACAUCUCAACGGAUGUUUCUGCUGCAAAUGCGCCAACGCAUCACACACUCUUUGGUUCUAUUCGGUAAAGUCAC